AUAAGCGCCAUCAGACUAACUCGAUUUUCUCUCUCUAUAUAUAGACCCCUCGACUAGUUAGCAAUAAAAAAUCCCAAAGCAACAAUCAGUUAAUAUGGAAACCAAGAACCCUGGAGACUUUGUGGCGAUAAGCGUUUCAGAAACAGAGGAGAAAUCCCCCGCAAGGUGUUGCGCAGUGUUGGCUUCUGUAAUUAGGCGAACUAUCGCAGGAGAGAUUUGUGCUGAUGAUAGUAGAAAGCUCUUCCAUGCUGCCAAGGUUGGAUUGGCAUUAGUUCUUGUAUCCCUCCUCUACAUGCUUGAAGUAGUUCAUGAUCGGUUAGGUGACAAUGCUAUGUGGGCAGUCAUGACGGUGGUUGUUAUCUUUGAGUCGACCGCAGGUGCAACAAUAAGCAAGGGUAUAAAUCGAGUACUGGGAACUAUGCUUGGUGGUGGGUUAGGAUUUUCGGUGGCCUUCUUAGCACAAGGGAUUAGUGGGGCAGGCAAAGCUGUAGUGAUUGGCAUCUCUGUCUUUGUCUUCUGUUCAACAGCAACAUAUAUUAGAAUGAUCCCAAGUAUCAAAAAGAAGCAUGACUAUGGAGCAAUGAUUUUCAUCCUCACAUAUAGUUUGGUUGCUGUUUCUGGGGUUCGCAGCAACCAAAUCAUAAAGAUAGCAAGUGAUCGCCUCUCGUCCAUCUUCAUAGGUUUUGCUGUUUGCAUCUUCAUAAGUCUAUUCAUAUUUCCCAUUUGGUGUGGCGACGAGCUUCAUAACUCCUUAGCCUCUAAGUUUGAUAAUCUAGCUUGUUCUAUUGAAGGUUUGUCCCAAAAAUACUCCCACUUUUGACAUAUUUCUAUUUUUUUCCCUCGUCGUUCAACUCUAUUUUCUAAUUGUGUAUUCUUUAUAAGCAUAUAGAGAUUUCAGAGGAUUACAUCAACAAGCCCUUGGACAAGAGAUUAGAAGCUCAAAAAAGGGGUAGAGGUGUAAAAUGCAUAUCAGUUCUAUCCUCUAAAACAACUGAGGAGAAUAUGGUAUGGAAUUAUAUAUCCAUUCCAUAUUGAAUUCAGCAUAUUUUGUGCUGUAGCAGUGACUGAUAUAAG